AUGGACAGCCCAGACGACUGCUUCUCCGACGACUACUUUUCGGACGACUCAUUCGACGAUCCUUUCUGCAGCCUGCUCGACACCGACCCCUUCUCGACACCAUCUGGAUCCGACCCCUCCCCCAGCCCGGCCGACUCCCCAGCAGCCUCCUUCCACUCCGCAACAGAACAUCCCCACCAUCCCGAAACCAACCCCUUCCAAGAAACCCCCUUCAACCUAGUCAACUACAGCUUCGCCUACCUCAACCCCAACCACCACGCCCUCCCCUCAGGCUCUGACGCCCUCUCCGGCCACUUUGAUCCCGACGCGACCCAGCUCGUGGUCUCACACACCACCUUCGACGACCCCCAGGGGGAGGAACAUGAACCCACCUGGCAUCCCAUCGCCACCGACGGCAGCAUGGCGUCCGCAUCCGCAUCCGCGUCCAUGUCCGGCGGGACCGAUGACGGCUGGGACCGGCUGUCGGCGUUUGCGGCGGCGUCGAGCGGGAGGGCUUCCAGCAGCGAGUGGGAGCAGUGGGAGGUGCGGGACGUGACGCCGCGAGAGAGUUUGCCGUUGCAGAGGUUGGAUCCGCGGAAGAGUAGCCUGUAUAGGCGGCGGGUUUUGGAGAGGGGUUAUGGGGUUGGGGAGCGGGGGGUUGAGGGGGUUGGAGAGGCUGAGGGUGGCGCUGUCUCGGGAAAGGGCAAGGUUGAUGUUGUUGUGGAUGGCCAACCGCGCCAAGGAGAAGAAGGCCGGGGAGGCGUUGGCUCUCGAAUGAGGCACGGCCCGAUCUUCGUCGGGGGUUUCCCCGUCUGGGGAACAUGCUUGAAAGUUACCCGGCUGGCCGAUCAUAUUUGCUUGUGUUCUCGGGGUUUCGGGUCCGUGGAUUGGGCACCGACACACCGGUACCUGACGACUGAGACAUGUGAGCCGCGCACUGUAAGACACCCCUCAGGGGUGGCAACCACGACGAUGGUCACGGUAACAGCCAAGACAAACGAUGUUGAUAGGUGGCACAGUACCGAGAACUGGUGGUAA